AUGAGCGACGGAGCGCCCCCCAUCGGCGCCUUUCCGCAGACCCCUGUGGCAGGCCCGAGAAGAGGGCCUGCGCCCGCUGGCUCUUCUGGUCCGCCCAAGACGGCUAACGCCACACCUCCUCUACCUGUUGCUCCUCGACAGGGCACGGCACCCUCGGGCAACCCGGCACCGCUGAUACCACUGAAUGUGCUCGAUGCGCCCACGCAGCGUCUCUACGCAUUUGCUAUCUAUGCGGGCCUGUUGGCGUGGAAGCUUUACGACUGGACCCGGAUUGUCGAGGAGGACGCCGAGUCCUUUUGGCUGUUAUUGAAAUGGGUCGCUAUUGAUUUCGUCGUCCUCUUUGGGCUCCCCGAGCUGAGGAUACCAUGGCUUGAAUUAUCGCAACCUUUUGUGGUCGUGGUCUUCUUCUGCCAUGUCGUCUUUGACUGGGUUCUCAUGUUCAACUUCGGCCUCCCCUGGCAAACGUGGCUCCUCGGUCUCCUCAAGGUCUUUUACGACCGAGAGAUUGCGAUAUCAGAACGCAAUGUCAAGCUGUCCAACAUAAUACACAACUCGUCUUUGAUAAUGGGCCGGCAAAUCAUCAAUAUCCUACCCGAAGGAUCUGCCGCACUCAAUCCCGAUCAAAUCCCAUUCUGUCUGGGAGGCGACCGUAAGAUUGCGCCGAUACCCAUUUUCUUUAACGCCACUAUUCCGGUUGAGGUUCAGCUCAUUCGCACCGAUCUUGAGUCUAACGUCCAAGAGAUCAUAAAACUGACGAGGGUCCAACUCCGGGAUAUCGAACGACGAUCGAAGGUUCAAACCCAAGAUGGGUCACAAGUAGUGGUCCGGUAUGACUACCCUGCAAAGAAAGCCGGUGCCUAUCAACUUGGAAAGGUUCUUGAUGAGUACAAACUUGAGGUGCAACGGAAGACUCCUUUCACAUUUGUUGUUCCAUGUCCUCGGGCCUGGGUCGGUCCUGCGCCAUCGUCUGGGCGAUGCGUCGGAGAUCUUUCCGACUUGUCUAUCCACGUCGAAGGGACGCCUCCUCUAAAGAUUAUGUACAGCCGCAAAAUCAAUUCCGAGGAUAGCAGCUUCCAUUUCCAAAGCCUUCAACCAGAGGGGUUUUCUUCUCCUCUUACCGGGUCAUCGCCUUCGACAAGUAUUACAGAUCCGACUCAUGAAGACAUAUCGUGGGCUCGGCCUCGAGUGGUUCCUAUCGGGCUUAAUGAAUCUAUGGGCGUUAGCGGAUCCUGGCAAUACUCCGUGGACGAGGUUCGCGAUGGGUUUCAGAACAUUGUCAAGUAUACCGCUCCUGCUGAUGAUCCCGACGGGAAGCCCAAACCGAAGGAUCUGGUCCAGAACUUCGUUGUCAAGGAGCGCCCACGUAUACAAAUCGAAGGAUGCGAUUUAAGGAAGCCCAUCAAGGCCCAGAAAGGUCAAUCGACAGAGCUUCCAGUUCGAUUUCACAUGGCUCAGCUGCCAGAUGACACUUCGCACAGUUUGACUUGGGAGUUCUCCCCCAUCGAUACACUCACUGAGAGUGGAGACCACGGUAGGGUGGUGAUUCCUGGGAGCUACCGCGCGAAGAACAGUCGCGACAGACCCAAGAUAUCGGCCCCUGGGUUAUACACCCUGAAAUCAGUAGUCGCUGGAGCUUGCGAGGGCGAGGUACAGGAGCCAUCGUCUUGCCUACUUUUGAACCCUCUCGAGCCUAAACUGGAAAUACGGUCCGAAGAAAUAUCCGACACCUGUGCCGGAAACUCCAUCGGGCUUCGAGUCGAUAUGGACCUCAUUGGGACCCCGCCAUUCACCGUCAAAUACGACAUUGUGUCAAACAAUGUGAAUAGGGAGAGCAAAACAGUACGCAUAUCUGGCUUGCGACAUCAGAUGGAACUGAUUCCGAGGUUUGCCGGACAUCACAAGUAUACCUUCACCCAUAUUGGCGACGGCAUAUACGAUGGAAAGAAGCUCGUGGGUCAAGAGUAUGUUCUCGAACAAGAUGUCAAACCAGCAGCCUCUGCCAUGAUCCAACACAGUACAUCAGGGAAUGCAGGCACUUGUCUUGGGGAUGAGGUGGCUGUGGACAUUGUGCUUCUUGGAGAACCGCCGUUUACUCUGGAAUGGGAGCUUAUCCACGAGGGCAAGAGAAAACAACAAAAGGCCACGAGCAUCGGGGACAAUCAUUUUCAGAUCAAGACUGCGGCCUUAACUCAGGGCGGAGAAUACACCCUCGCGUUAACGAGCAUUCAGGAUAAGAGAGCUUGCCGGAGCUUCUUGCAGGACGAGCUAAAGAUAUCGGUAAGGCGUCAAAGCCCACGGGCCGCUUUCGGUCAGAUCGAUGGCAAACGGAAAACGCUUGAUGUGGAGGGCUCAACGGUCAAACUCCCGCUCCGCCUUACUGGGGAGGGGCCUUGGACUGUUCGGUAUACCAAUCUCCUCGAGGGCGCUCUGUCCGACGCGAAGUUUUUGGAGAAGACGGUCGAUAACAGCAAUGGUUUCCUCGAUGUUCAAACACGCGGCGUGUUUACGAUUACCGAUGUUCGGGACAACCAGUGUCCCGGCAUUGUUGACCCGAAUGCAGGUGCUUUUGAAGUCGACUGGUUUCCUCGGCCCGAGCUAUCUGUAAUCUCUUCUCCUGCCGUUCACCAAGAAGGCAGUGAUUAUGUGGUUGCUAGUGUCUGCGAAGGCGAUAUAUCUGGAUUCGAGGUUUCUCUCAAAGGGACGGCCCCGUAUCACGUCGAAUAUCAAGUUCGGCACCAGCCCAUCAAGGGCCCAAGUUCAGUGGCCCGGAAAGCCUUUGACGCCACUUCUGGAAAAUCAUCAAUUCUUGGGGACACGGCCAAGGCCGGCCAGUACACGUACACGUUUUCUUCACUCGCGGAUAAUCUCUACAACAGCGGGCGGGACUUGCAGUCACUUGUAGUGAAGCAAGUCGUUAAUAGGAAACCCACGGCGUCCUUUGUGAAGCCGGGCCAGACGUUCAAGUACUGCAAGUCAGAAGAGCAAGACGAGGAUAAAAUACCUAUCGAGCUAACGGGCGUUCCUCCGUUCUCUCUGGAUAUUGAGAUCAAGCACCAAGGCGCCCCUAUUCCCGAAAUUUACAGGACACCGUCAUUCAACUCUCAUUCGUAUGAGAUUCAGAUACCAAGACACUUACUGAAACUUGGAACCCAGCACAUUCGCCUCCGAGACGUGAGAGACGGGAGCGGCUGUCAUUCAAUGACAGACAUUGGGGCGCCAUCUGUCCAAGUGCAGCUUUUCGAAGCACCAACAAUAUACCCGAUGGAAACCCGUACCGACUAUUGCGUCGGCGAGCGGCUCUCCUAUACGCUAUCCGGAACACCGCCAUUCGAAGUGUGGUAUACAUUUGACGGUGCGGAACGCAAAGCCAAAUCGCCAACUACGAGCUUUCGGCGACUUGCGGAGACACCUGGCGAGUUCGCCAUCGCCACUGUAUCCGACAGGGCCAGCGAGUGUCGUUCGCCUGUAAAUAUUGUCAAGAACAUACACCCAAUGCCGGCCGUCAAGAUCAGCAAGGGUAGAAACGUUCAAGUUGAUAUCCACGAGGGCGGCGAGGUUGAGAUCUUGUUCGAAUUCUGGGGGACACCGCCUUUCGAAUUCACGUACACACGCAGCUCAAACGCGCGUAAAGGCAUGAGGAGUCACGUGCUGGAGACCAGACAUGACGUGAGCCACGAACAUAGUAAAGUCGUAAGAGCGAGCCAGGAGGGCACUUACGAGGUCGUGGCGAUCAAGGACAAGUUCUGCGCAUUCUCGACGCAGCAAGAGGAGAGGAACGAUCGGCCCCAGAAAACCUUGAAAUAUCACUGA